AUGGCUGAUGAUCUGCAAAGCCGCAAGAGCAUUGCCACCGCCACAGCACUGAAUCCGAGACAUCAAGGGCUCAAGUGCCCCCGAUGCGACUCCCCCAACACCAAGUUCUGCUACUACAACAACUACAGCCUCUCCCAACCAAGGCACUUCUGCAAGACCUGCCGAAGGUACUGGACCAAAGGUGGCGCGCUCCGGAACGUGCCCAUGGGCGGCGGCUCCCGCAAGAACAAGAAAUCCAAAUCCUCGGCCUCGUCGCGCCUUCCGGCGGCUCCCCUCUCUGGGUUCCCCGAAACAGGCAGCAGCCUCAAAUUUCUUGAUGGACUUCCCUCUUCGGUGGCCAUGGACUUCCAAAUAGGUCUGCCCGCCGCCUCAGGGCUCCAUGAUCCGGCUACAUCCACGGUCUUCAACAGCAACCAGUUCAUCAACUUUGUCGACAUCUCGCGCGGUGCAGCGCUCUCUUCUGAUGCUACCACCCAGGCGAGCUUCAAUUACCCAAUCUCUGCUGCAGGGGUACUGUAUAAUGAGACCAAAGGUCCAUCUAUAUCCUCUGCUGCUGGCAGCAGCAGCAUUGUAUCUUCCAUCGAGUUCCUGAGCUCCAUCAACCAGGACCUCCAUUGGAAGCUUCAGCAGCAGAGGCUGGCUAUGAUCUUCGGAGGGGAAGCUCAUAAACAGAGCAGUAGCCCACUGGAGAUCCAACAGGAAUUUAUAUCUUUCGAGGUAUCAGACAUAGCCACAGAUGAAGUUUGUGGCUGCAGUGAAUCCGGAAAUACAUGCGUUGCUACUGGGACUAAUAGUUCGAUGGCAUGGUUGCCGGAGAGUUCUAAUUACACCAUUCCGACUUCGACGGCAAUAAGUAUCAACAGCUUCGGCAACGUCGACGGCAACAACAGUGGCGACAAGAGUAGUACCAACUUCAACAUAAGCUAUUGGAACGGAAUACCGGCAUGGAAUGACAUACCACAGUUCUCAACGCUGCCUUAUUCGGUGGAUAUGGAACUAUAA